AUGGUGGCGCAAUCGGUUCCGCUGUUAGGAGAACAUGGCGGGGGAGUGAAAGAAGCAGCCAGCGGCGCUCGGUGUUGUUACCCCAGCGGGGAACGCCCCCUUCCGCCUCCCCGCCAAUCACUGUGCGCCGACGGCUUGAGCGGCACGCCCCUCCACCGCCCGCCGCCAAUCUCCGCGAAGCGGCGGCCUCUCCGGCCCCGCCUCGGCCAAUCGGGAACGACACAAACACUUGAGGCCACGCCCGCUUCCGCAGGCCGGCCAAUCCGAGCAGACACAAACAACGGGCACGCCCCAGUCUCCGAGUCACGGGUCCGCAGUGCGAAGCGAGCAAACGGGGCGUUGGCAGAGCCGCUGGCCAAUCGGAAGGCAGACAAACAAACUUAGCCACGCCCCCUCCUCACCGCAGCCAAUCCUAGAGGACGUAAACAGGCUGGGACACGCCCCGUGGUGGGCGGGGCAAUGCCGGCGGGGCAGGCACGCGUCCCCGCCAUGGAGGUGCCGGCGUUGGGGCCCGUGGCGGCUGCCGGCGGAGGCGGGACGAGCGGAGCCUGGAGGCGCGACGAGCGGAGCCUGGAGGCGCUGAGCCUGGCCGCAGCCGGCGACGGAGCAGUAGCGGGGCGGCAGCUGUCUGAGGGGCGGCGGGCGACGCUGGCGAGCGCGCUGGAGCUGGAGGGGACGGUGCUGCGCGAAGGCCGCCUCACCCAGUUCGUGGCCAACAACCUGGAGCGGCGGAUCCGGCUCAGCGGCGCCCCGCGGGGCGAGCCGCCGGCGGGGGCUGCUGCGGCGGCGGGGGGUAGUGGUGGUGGAGGUGGCGGUGGCUCCAUCCCCGCCAUCGACCCCGGGGCGCUGCAGGACGUGGUGGCCCUGGCCGGGCAGGUAGCGGCCCAGGUGGACGAGCUGCUGCGCAACGUGCACUGCGGCCUGCAGGCCCUGACGGCCCUCAGCGUGGGCUGCAUCCAGACCUACCGCGACGGCGUGGAGAGCCUGGGCGAGGCGGCCGAUCUCAGCAUCCGCGCUAUGUACGCGCUGGUGGCGCGGUGCGAGGAGCUGGACCGAGCCAUGCAGCCCGUGCCCGCCCUGGCCAAGCGCAUCCGAGACAUGAAGGGUACCCUGGAGCGGCUGGAGGGGCUCUGCAAGUAGGGCCGCCCCGGCGGGGAAGGCCGCCCGCCGCCCUGCCCGCUGACACCGGGAAGCCGGGCCCCGCCGCCGCCCUUACUGUGCUCGCUGGGCCUUCGUCUGGCGUUAGAGAGGGGCUCGACGGCUCCCCGCCGUGCCCGACUGCUGCUCUCCCUCUCGGGUAGUCCCACCGCCGGGACCGCACUUGGGGUCUCCGGCUCCCCAGCUACCCCCUCGACCUCUCUCUGUGUCCUUCUUUGUGAGCAGCCGACACCGCGGCCCGUUCCCUGGUGAUCGGAGGAAGCGAAAUCUGUGCGGCCGAUGAAGGAAAAGGUCCCACUUAAAACCGCGGGGUAAAUGACAGAUAGUGCUUUUUAGCUUCAGCUCCAGUAAAGAAUUUGGAUUCCACAUGCCUUAUGCUUUCUAUUUAUUGAGGGUCAGGAAAAAGUAACCAGUCUUAAUUAAAAGCAGCUGUUUUGGGGUUUUUUGUUGUUUGUUUUUUUUUUUUUAAACCAAAUUUGAAAUUGUUGUAAAUGCUUGAUGCUUACAGUCAUACAUGCUUCUUUGUAGUCGACUUAGUGCCUAAGGAGUAAUUCUUACUUCUGCCCUUACAGCAAUUAAACACUGAAAACACUCCUGUUUCUUACAGGACACAGUUGUAAGAGAAGAUAAGAGGAAAAUUAAUAUAUAUAUCAAAGACACUUGUUUUCUGAGAAGACUAUAAAAUCCACUGAUUAUAGUUGAAAUAACAAAUUUAUAUUCAAAGUUCUAAAUAAAAACCUUCAGAUAAAAUAUGCUUUG